GAGACAGAAGAGAAGGAAGUCUUCUGAACUUGUCAGUCCAGCAGAGGAGACUGCAAUGUGUUUCCUCUCAGGGACCCCUUGCUACCCGUGCUGAUCGAGGCUCAUCAGUUACAUUGUGGUCAUGGCCAUGGAGAUCCUGGUGUCCUUAUACGUCCUAGUGGGUCUGUUUUCAGUGCAUGCAGCACACUCUCACAAAGGCGUGCAAGCCACUCAAGGACUCUCCUGCGUGAAUGACUUCGUCAACAAUGUCAGCUGCACGUGGGACAGCUCUGCCGUGGCUCCUGGUGUGGACUGCUGGGUCUUUGGUAUGAAGACAACCUGGAUCACCAAGAACUACGAGAGACAUAAGGCAACGAUUAUUCGAAGCUGCAAGCUGAAACAACACCCAAACUCUCCUUCAGGCUGCAGUUUUGUCUUUGAGAAGGAACUGUUCAACACUGCUAGAGACAUGCCCUACCUACGAGUGGAUUGUAACGGGACGAUGGUGGAGAACCUCACAAACUAUUCACCAUACAAUCACAUCAAAAUGCAUCCUCCAGGUGUCCCUAAUGUCAGCAGCACUGUCAACGAGACGAGGAUAUCGUGGAGCUUAGGCGCUCCUUCCUCUGUCUACCUCACAUCCUUUGACUUCCAAGUUCAGAUCAAACAGAAGAACAAGAAAUGGAAUGAGGCCAGCACUCUCUCCACACUAGAACAAGAGCUCAGCAUACCUGCUUGGAAACUAAAGGGGCACUGCCAGGUCAGGGUGAGAGUCAAACCCAAAGUUCCCAACAGUCACUGGAGCAACUGGAGUCCAACAACAUCCUGGUUGGGUGCGACAGACAUAUUGACAACAUCACAGGAUCAAGGAUGGUUCCUGGGUCAGACUUUACUGGUAGCGCGGGGAGUGAUGUUCAGCUUGGGUCUCCUCAUUGUAACACUCGUCCUCUACUGGAGUUGUGCGAGCAGACGGCUCCUCAAAGCGAAGCCAGUACCAAACCCUUCUGAAUAUUUCCACACUCUCCACUCUGUACACGGAGGAAAUUUAAAGAAAUGGCUGAAUCCUCUGUCAGCUUCCGAGUCAUUCUUCACAGCCCAGCCAUGCGACAGCAUCUCCCCGGUUGAGAUAUGCGAAAAGUGGGAUGAGGUCCCCUCCACCUCUCCCUCCUCCAGCUCCACCAGCGCCCUGCUUCACUUCAGGAGCGACCCCUCGGCCGGCUCAGACACCAGCAGGGUUGUUGACAAUUCCUCCUCCUCCUCUUCAUCCUGCUUCUCCAACAUGGGCUACUUCAUGUCCAGCUCCUCCAGCAGCUGGGCACGAACUGACCCCAAUCCUGCUUACUUCACCUAUCAGGAUGAUUUCCACAACAGCCUCAACCUUCACCUCUGCCUCCACCCUUCCCUCGACACCUACGAGAGCUUGAAGAGGGAGCCGCAGAGCCCAGACUCCGGCUUUGGCAUCGGAAAGGAAGACGAAGAAGCCAAUGAAGAUGAAAGGUUUGCCAAAGUAGAAGAGGAGGAGGUUUCAGAUGACGAUCCGAGCCCUCUUCUCAUUCUCCCUCUUCAGCUUCCUUCCCAGAUGUGCCCAACCUCCUCUGCUCCAUGCCCUCCUACCGCUCCCACUCUAACUCUGGUAUCCUCUGAUAGCCAACAGGUGGAGGUACCUGAUGCAGCUGCUUGUUGCAACUGUGCGGCCUGGCCUAUGGCUGGUGCCAUGUGCAGGUCUUCCUCCAUGCCUGUGGAGCCCUGUAAAACAGGGUAUCUGACCCUCAAAGAGCUGCAGACUACAUUCAGCAAUAAAUCCAUCUGAAAAAUCAGUCGUGUAUCGAAAAGAAUUAGUGUGUUUACAUCACAAGCAACCUGACUGUUCGUUUAUUCUAUUCUGAUUGUAGAAGCAAGCAUCUCUGAUAGAAUAUGUGGAGUGUUUGUGCAGUUUUGACAAGAAAAAAUAACAAAUUCCAUGAUUUUUUUGCUUGAUUCAGUUGUUAGUCACUUAGGGACAGCAGAACAAGCUGAAAGCACAUCGUCUUUGCAAACAGUUGCCUCCAACAGACGCUGAGCUAUAUUAACAUUUAUAUUAAGUCAUUUUUCUGACCACUUGAUGAAUGUAAAUCCGAUAUUCAUCCUCUUUCCGUCUCCACCAGCUACUGAGAGAAAUAUCUGGCUCCUUAGCUGCUAAAUGUUCCACUAUGUUCUCCAGCUAACCACCAGCUGCCGGCUGCUGCUUCGAACACGGUUAAUAAGAGCGCUGAGAGUGAACCAAAGCAGUAAAGUUGUGGGCUGGAGUUCCAAAACUCGCUAAAGCGCUCUUUGGAGCUGAUGGUUACUGCAGCGCUGGGUGAUGAUUCUGUUCUGGUGUUAUGUUGCUAUAUUUACUCCAAAUCAGCAUUUGAUUUACUUUGCUUACUAAGGACAAUAAUUGUACAGUAAUUUGUCCUCGUGAGAUUGGGGGAAAGAUAAUUAGGCCUGUAAGUGAGAGCAGAGUUUCAAUGGACAGUCUGAUGACACCGCAUGUUGAAGAAUAACCGGACCUUUAAUAAAAGAGAGUCAGACAUGUGAGGGAGACUAAAAGUCAACCAGUUGUGUAUAUUGUUUAUAGACAUACUGCUGAGUCAUUAUUUAGCCGAAACAUAUGUAGACCAUUGUUGAAUGUGUAGGACUCCGAAGUCAGUACGCUGCAUUUUCUUAAGUGUAUCAAAGCAGGAAAGUUGACAUUACUUUAAACUAAAUGCUAGGGUCAGUUAUUAAUAACUGUGUUUUAAAAAUACACAAAAAUACAGUUUUGUGGUUUUGUUUUGAAUUACUUUAACUUAAAUCUUACAAUGACAUAUGUUGUGAGAGCUUUUUAAAACUUUUAAAUAUCGUGAGAUAAAUAUAAGAAAUCUUCAUUCCUGCAGGCAGAUUUGGGAUUUUGAAAGCAGUGAAACAUGAUUUAAGUGUGUUUUGAUUCUGUAAAUAGUGAUAAAUUACUUAUAAUAGAGAACAUAUGAGCUUUGCUGAGUUAAAUCUGAUCUAAUAUAGUACAUGAUCUCUGUUAUCACUCGCGUGAACCAAGCUGGCGGUUAAGGUUAUGAAACUGACCAACAUUUAAGCGUUUUAAUGAAUUGAUUCUAGUUCAUACUGAUCUGCUGUCAGGCAGCUGGUUUGCCUCUGAUGUUUUUUGUAGUCAAUCUCAUUUGUUUGUUCAACUUAAUAAAUAAGCUCCUGCUGUUUAAGAGAUCAAUUUCGCACCUAAUUAAUCAGAAUGAAUCAUUAUUGUAGACGAGUAUUAGAAUAAUGUGCAUUAGAUUGCUAUUUCUAGAUUCAUGUAAAUCAUUGAGGCCAGUGAUACAUGUUGCUGCUCUUGUCUACAUGCAGUGUAUUUCCAAUGCACACUGUCGUGACGUCUGUGCAGCGACCAAACAAAAUAAAGCUGCUGGUAGAAGUGGGUCACCCUUUGACUUCCUGUGUUGCUGUGGAAUGAGGGCUGAGGGGUGGGCAUGUGUGUGAGAAAGAGUGCGAGAGGCAGAAUGAGUUGCGUGUGUGUGU